AUGAGAAUCUCUAAAGUCCACAAAGCUCUGCUGUUUGCUACCUCUGCCAGACACGUCAUAGCCCAGAAUUACACGAACGCUUCGACAAGCACGGAACCAGGCUCCACCACAGUCAAUGGUACCGCUGUGGCCAAUCCUAGUGCUUUCGUGACCAAUUUACAAGUUUCAGUCGAUGAUUUAUGGGACUUUUUUGUUGGACCAGUUGAUGUCGCCAACACCACUACUACUGUCCAGGCCACUCCAGUACCCUCGAACGAUCUAAUUCCUCCACCUUACAUUGGAAACUAUGGAUUUCCUCCUGGGCGUCAGGUCCCCAUGGUCACAAAGAAUGAGUCUUGGAGCUUCCCUAAGGCAUUCCACCUGGGUGUUGCGGGUGCCGCUUUCCAGAUUGAGGGUGCUGCCAGAGCCGAGGGCAAGGGACCAUCGACAUGGGAUGUCAAUAUGCAUCGGGUCCCUGGGUUUGCUCUUGACAACAGUACCGGAGAUAUCACUGAUAAUAACUACUAUAUGUACAAGCAAGACAUCGCCCGUCUGGCAGCCAUGGGGAUCAACGCGUACUCAUUCUCAAUUGCUUGGACGCGACUAUUCCCAUUUGGCUCUGGACCAGUCAAUGAGCUUGGUAUAGCUCACUACAACGAUGUUAUUGACACAUGCAUUCAGUACAACAUUACGCCCAUGGCUACACUAUAUCAUUGGGAUAUGCCUGCUUUAUUACAGAACAAGUAUGGUGGUUGGCUGGGCGAGGAGAUCGUUGAAGACUUUACAGAGUACGCUCGAGUGGCAUACAGUCGUUUCGGAGACAGAGUUAAACAUUGGUUCACUAUCAACGAACCAAUAGUGAUCUGCACAUCGCAGUAUCCGAUGCCAGAGGGCUACUGGCGUAACUUCUCUAUUCCGGACAUCCAGCAGCAGUUUGUGUGUGGUCGAAAUAUUUUACUUGCACACGCGCAGGCCUAUCGACUUGGCAAGUCCAUUGUACCUGACAGCUCCAUCGCUUUUAAGAACAAUGGCGGUUACAAAGUGCCUCUCACGAAUAGCUCUGCUGAUGCAGAAGCUGUUCAAAGAGCUUGGGAUUUUAACGAAGGGUGGUUCGCAGAUCCUGUGUAUCUUACCGGAGAUUGGCCUUCUACUGUCAACGAUUAUGUGUCUUCCUUCUUGCCUCCAUUCACAUCUCAGCAGAAGGAGGUGAUCCUCGGCUCUUCCGACUUGUUCGCUCAUGAUGCCUAUACGGCUCAGUUCUACAUGGUUCCUGAUGCAGGCAUCGAGUCUUGCGUUGCAAACUCCAGCAACCCGUUGUAUCCUUCAUGUGCGAAUAGUACUUACACAUAUGGACCUGCUCAAGGCAACUGGGCCAUAGGUCCAUCUGCUGACGCCCGUGCACCCUGGCUCCACCGCGCAACAGACUGGUUCCCAGCCUUCAUGUCUUAUAUCAACACCACCUGGCCAUCCCCCUCAAUCCAAAUCACCGAAUUUGGCUUCGCAGAGCCCUUUGAGUCCUCCAAGACCUUACUCCAAGAUAUUCUCUGGGAUCCCAUCAGAGCAUCCUACUAUCAUGAUUACAUGGAAGCUAUACUCAUCUCACUCAGUGAAGGUAUCAACAUUACCGCAGCUCUAGCUUGGAGCUUUGUAGACAAUUUGGAAUGGAACUCUGGUUUUAGUAUUAGGUUUGGGAUGCAGUAUGUUAAUUUUACUGAGCCGAGCUUGGAGAGACAUUAUAAGGCUAGUUUCUUUGAGUAUACUAACAUGUACAAGAUGUACGUAGAGCAGUAG